UGGUCAGGGCGGAAAGGGGAGGGACCCACCGGAGAGUCUGAUUCUUUAAACAAACUUUCCAGUAGGACUGACUGUUUCCCUUUUGUACUGCUGUGUCGGAGCCAGACAACAGGAGUUUGAGGGACUUCCAAAUAGUUUCUACCUGAAAUCAAGGCUCAGAUCAAGUCGCCACGAUGUCAAGCAAGCGUGCCAAGGGAAAGACCACCAAGAAGCGCCCCCAGAGGGCCACUUCCAACGUCUUCGCCAUGUUUGACCAGUCUCAGAUCCAGGAGUUUAAAGAGGCGUUCAACAUGAUCGACCAGAACAGAGAUGGUUUCAUUGACAAGGAGGAUCUGCAUGACAUGCUGGCCUCUCUGGGUAAGAACCCCUCUGAUGAAUACCUGGAGGGUAUGAUGAGUGAAGCACCAGGGCCCAUAAACUUCACCAUGUUCCUUACCAUGUUUGGAGAGAGGCUUAAUGGAACCGACCCCGAGGAUGUCAUCCGCAACGCCUUUGCCUGUUUUGAUGAGGAAGGAUCUGGUGUGAUCCAUGAGGACCACCUAAGAGAGCUGCUGACCACCAUGGGUGAUCGUUUCACAGACGAGGAGGUGGACGAGCUGUUCAGAGAGGCGCCCAUUGACAAAAAGGGCAACUUCAACUACGCAGAGUUCACCCGCAUCCUCAAACAUGGCGCCAAAGACAAGGAUGAUGAGUAGAGCCGAGAACUGACUUCCUCGCACCGGCAGACUGACUGCACCUUAAAUGAGUCCCUAGUUCCUACCUUUAUGGGCCUUAAAGGCCAAAGAGAAAAUGUUUAUAUGACGUCUUUUUUUUAAGAAUCAGUGGAUAUUUUGUUACAUUAAUGAUGAUCUUGGUAUGUUCAAAAAAAGUAGGAGCUUGGACCUCAUUUGGGGUCUGCGCAUGUUCUGACUCUGGUAGUUUGAUGCAGGGAACAAGGUUGGACUUUCAGACACAUCAAGAACAUCAUGGAUUUUUUAAAUGGACAAUUUCAGUGCUUCAAACAGUGCCAGCAUUCUUUAGCCUCUGCAAAUUAGCAUCACCCCUGCACAAGCACUGCAUCCCUGUAUAUGAGAAAUGUAUAAAAAUUCAUCAUUCAAGUUGUUUUUAAGAGUGAUACAUACUUCCACUUGUGUUUUUUAAAGCUUGUAUUCCCCCCUUCAGCUAGUUGUGUAUCUGUUGAAGGAUCAGGUUUGUCUGCAUUACUGAAGGAAUUCACUUUAGAAGUUGCUCAGGCAAAUAAAGGAAGUUUUUUCAUGCCAGUGACCGCAACAAA